AUCGCCCCGCGCCCUGUGGCAGUCCCGCACUCCGGGUGAGGAAGCCUCCAUGCCAGGGGCCGCAGCGGGCCAGGCCGGGGCUGCGGAGUGCAGGAUGGGGGACGAGGAGCUGGAGGACCUGGUCCAUGUGACGGUGGGCGACCUGCCGGCCCGGGGGUAUGGCGUCAUGGAGGAGAUCCGGCGGCAGGGCAAGCUGUGUGACGUCACGCUCAAAGUCGGAGAGCAUAAAUUCAGCGCCCACCGGAUUGUUUUAGCAGCUUCCAUCCCUUACUUCCACGCCAUGUUCACCAACGACAUGAUCGAGUGCAAGCAGGAUGAGAUAGUCAUGCAGGGAAUGGACCCCAGCGCCCUGGAAGCUCUCAUAAAUUUUGCCUAUAACGGUCAUCUUGCCAUCGACCAGCAAAAUGUCCAGUCCCUGCUAAUGGGAGCCAGCUUCCUACAGCUCCAAAACAUAAAGGACGAGUGCUGCUCAUUUCUCAGGGAAAGAUUGCACCCAAAGAACUGCCUGGGGGUGCGCCAGUUUGCGGAGACCAUGAUGUGUGCUGUGCUGUAUGACGCUGCCAAUUGCUUUAUCCAUGAGCACUUUGUGGAGGUUUCCAUGUCCGAAGAGUUUCUGACCUUGGGCUUUGAGGAGGUGCUGGAACUGUUUUCCAGGGAUGAGCUGAAUGUCAAGGCAGAAGAGCAGGUAUUCGAAGCGGCUUUGGCGUGGGUGCGAUAUGACCGCGAGCAGAGGGAGGUUUUGGUACCAGAGCUCCUCUGUAAGAUCCGCCUUCCACUGUGCCGGCCUCACUUUCUCACCGACCGCGUCCAACAGGAUGACUUGGUUCGCUGCUGCCACAAGUGCCGGGAUCUAGUGGAUGAAGCAAAGGAUUAUCACCUCAUGCCAGAGCGACGACCUCAUCUUCCGGCAUUCAAAACUCGUCCCCGCUGCUGCACGUCCAUUGCUGGACUGAUUUAUGCAGUGGGAGGGCUAAACUCAGCAGCACAUUUUUACGCAGGUGACUCACUGAAUGUAGUCGAAGUCUAUGACCCAAUUGCCAAUCGAUGGGAGAAGUGUCAACCAAUGACAACGGCUCGCAGUCGGGUGGGGGUGGCUGUUGUUAAUGGACUUCUUUAUGCCAUUGGCGGCUACGAUGGGCAAUCAAGGUUGAGCACCGUGGAAGUGUACAACCCAGAGACGGACACUUGGACCAAAGUCGGCAGCAUGAACAGCAAGAGGAGUGCUAUGGGGACAGUAGUCUUGGAUGGACAGAUUUACGUGUGCGGAGGGUAUGAUGGGAAUUGUUCAUUGAAUUCCGUGGAGACGUAUUCUCCAGAAACAGACAAGUGGACAGAGGUUACGCCGAUGAGCUCCAAUCGCAGUGCAGCGGGAGUGGCCAUAUUUGAAGGCAGGAUCUACGUAUCGGGGGGACAUGAUGGACUGCAGAUCUUUAAUACUAUGGAAUAUUACAACCAUCACACAGCUAUGUGGCACCCUGUAGCCAGCAUGCUCAACAAGCGUUGCCGCCACGGUGCUGCCUCUCUGGGCAGCAAGAUGUUUGUCUGCGGAGGAUACGAUGGCUCAGCUUUUCUCAGCAUUGCCGAAGUUUACAACUCCAUAGCCGACCAGUGGUACCUCAUCACCCCUAUGAACACUAGACGGAGCCGCGUAUCAUUAGUGGCCAACUGUGGCCGCCUCUAUGCCGUGGGAGGCUACGAUGGCCAGUCCAACUUGAACUCAGUAGAAAUGUAUGACCCCGAGACCAACCGCUGGACAUUCAUGGCCCCAAUGGUGUGUCACGAAGGAGGAGUAGGGGUGGGAUGCAUACUUCUUCUAACCAUAUAGCAGCUAGGGACGCCAGAUCUCCCCAUCCUAUGAGGGACAUCCUUGGCGUCCAUCCUUUUUUUUUUUUUUUAUUAAUGUGAAAUUUAAGACAAUAAGGUACAUCUCCAGGUGCUCAAGUCCACUCCACGUUUUGGCUAUCCUGUUCAUCCUUCUCAUUUUUAUAUUAUCCAAGUAACUUUCUGACAAUCUCCUUACAGAGGCAACUAACUCUCUCAAAAGAAUGUAUUUAGUGAUCAGUCUUUCGUGGUCUGAUGACCAGUGCGGUUCAGAACAUCACAAUGCAGUGAUACCCAAUGACCUGACUCUGCAGGACUUAACGUGGGUUUUGAAGAGACCGUGUUUGGAUUACAAAGCUCCUUCGAGUACACUGAUGCAGCUGUUGCACCAAAGUGAUUGUGAGCGCUGUGUAUUUAGCUUUGUAUGAGCGGAUGGUAGAAUUUGUCUCUGCUGUCACAGAGCUUGCAAUUAAUAGGCAUAGCUUGUAUUCUUAUUUAUAGUAGACAGACAAUACCAAGAUACUGUUAUGGUGCCAUAUAUUCUCCUUAAACAAAUCCAGUGUUUUUCUAAAGCCCUGGAUGCUACGUCAUUUAUUUGGCACAUUUAUUUAAUUUAAUUAACUUUCAUCUCAGAAUUAAUGUUUUUCAUUCUGUCCAGUGUCUGAUAUGUUCUUAUAUACAUUUUUCCCCAUCGCUGAUAUUAGGCUUUUCAUUAUAUUUGUAUUCAUGGCAUUAUCCUUGUCUGAUCCUUCUUAAAACAUUUUACUGCGAUCUAUCAAUAUUCAAAUGAAUGCCCAUGUUAGGAUUGUUUGCCCUCCACAAGUCCAUCCAGGGUGACUAGCAACAUAAUGUACCUUUCUUAGUAAUUCUGUAUGGUGAGCCGUGGCCAGCAGUCCUUGGUUAUUAAAGUGUUAGAAUAUAAGAAUGAAUUGGGAAUACACGUGUAUUAGUCCAUCUAUCUUUAUGCAUUGAGGCAUGAGAUUUAGUCCAUUUGUAAGACUAUUUUGUGCAAACUUUAUAUUUCUUUAAAUUCGAAAGAGUAUUUGAUACUCUGCAAAAUAUCUGCAUUGCAUUCUCAGCUACACAUCUAAGCAUUACUGGGCAUUAAAAUAGUGCUGAGCUUCUGUGAUCACCAGAUGAGGUUAAUAGGAGUUGUGGUAGAAAAACUGGUGGACUGCCAUGGCCUUGUUCUGUAAUUUGUAGGAUCUUCUCAAUCAAGCUGUCGUGAGCACAACCUCACAUUGGAGCGUAACCAGACACUUAAUAGUUGCUCCAUCUGGCAGUCCCAGUAUCCAGAACAUUGUUGGAAAUGUAUGUUGCUCUGUUGAGUUCAAACCGUAUGCAAAACUCUGUUAAUUAGUCUUCAAGCAAUGAAGGCAAACAGUGGAGUUUAGUCUCUAAAUACAUAGUGCAAUAUUAGGUUUACAUAAACUAUUUUUGUUUUGUGUGUGUGUGUGUGUGUGUAGGCUCACAUGAUGUGUAGAAUCUGCAGCAAAUAGCCCAGAAAUUUGAAAGUCUAUUGACCGAAGCCGAUAUGUAAAGCUUAGUAAUAAUUUCUUAUGACCAAAGUAUUGGCCUUUUCUGGACUGUGAGAAUGAAUGAAAACCGCCAAAUAUGUACAAUUCUAAUCUACCUUUGGAAAUGUCAACGUUACAUGAGCGAUGAACCUAAAACCCAUUCCAGUCGAUGUACCGUCACGUCUUUUUGUUGUCUCUCGGAGGUCAGCAGAUCUGUGUGCUAUCAUGUUCACUGUUGUAGUAUUUGGUAAACCUUGUAUCAUUGAUCCCACCCCGGUCCCCUCAUGACAUCUUCUUUCGAUGUAAAUUUUUACUUUAUUAUUGUAUGGAUUUUUUAAAAGUAUCCAUUACCCUAUCUUAGUUCUACUGAAUGGUCCCUUUGCUUCCGAACGAUUUAAUUUCUGGUUGCUUUUCAGAGACCUGCUUUCUGGGGUAAACGAUAUAGAUAAUGGUUUCGUACACUCUCCAACACUGACCAUAGAUUCCAAGUCUGAUGGGACUGACGUGUGAUAAUAGGUGAUACUACAGACAGACUUUCCUUAUAUUCUACUAUCAAUGGUUAAGACUUUCUCUGUGAAACAAAUUCUAUUUAAACUUGUUUUGUGUAGUAUUUAAUGGGGGGAAGGGCACAGUAUAUAUUCAUUCUAUUAAACUUUUGGUGUUUUAAUUUGGAUAUCUGAAUAGACGAGUUCCAGACUCCUGCUGUCU